AUGAUGCCCACUUAUCUUGGACAAUUACUCUCCCAAAUCAAUGACGUCAUAACUCAACACGUCUGCAUGGCGGAGAAGAAGCUACCCAUCGAUAUUCAGUCCAAGCAGCUCGUAGAGGCGUUAGUAGAUCGCCGUAUUGUCCCGCACGAUUGGCCCAAGCAAUACAAGCAAAUCCGCGACGCUAUUGCAAGCUUGUACCAAGAUCUGCCGCUGGCCACUGAAGCUCUUUCCGAUUUUCGCGCCAGGAAAACAAACCACGAAAAGAUUAACUAUUUUGAUUGCAAGCUGAUUCUUCAAUAUCUCGAACAGUCGGAUGAAGGUGCAGCUAAGAACAUUUUUGGUCAGUACACAUCACCCAUUAUAAAACGGUGGAGCGCUCUGAUCCGGCAGUAUGAGAAAAAUAACAUCUUUGCGGCCGAGACGGCACGCAUCCUCACCCAGAACACUGUGUUUGAGAUUCCGUUUUACAAGAAAUUCAUCCAACAGAAUGAAAAAGAAGUUGUAGACAAUAAUCGCAAGAUCGUGGAUUUGACGAAAAGUAUUGUGGAGUACAAACGUAAACAUCAAGCUUAUUGCGCUAACAUGGGCAUCGAGGGAGUAAACAUUCGUGAGGAAUUACGUCGUUUGCCUCUGGAGCUACCGUCCCUUUUUCAUGGUGUGGCGACGGCUAUCUGCUGCGAAGAAAUUUGUGAUGCAAUUGAAUAUCACCAAGCUCUUCAGGUUUAUCUUCACGAUAGUGAGGUUUCUGCUUCAGCAACAGAGUCAGACAAAUCCGCCAUAAUUGUUACGAAAAAGGACAAGAAGACUAGAAAGAAAGGCAAGAAGCAGAUUGAGUUGGCUGGAGAACCCGAAAUAAAGGCCGAAGAACCGUAUGAGCUUAUUGCUGCCUCGCAUAAUUUUUUUUUUACGAUGGAGAAAUUGCGCAAUGCGAGCGAUGAGCUGGUAGAAUCUGCACCCACGCUUGAUUUCGAGGCGGAGGCUGCAGAUAUUAUUUGGGAUAUCUCAAUUGACGACACCGGCACGGCUGAUGCUGACGAGAUCGAUUGGGGUAUUAGAUCGGUCGCGUCUGUUACGGCUAGUUCUACACUCGACGAUGUUCCUGCCGAAAUUGAUUGGGAGAUCACAAGCUCUGAUGUGCUGGAGCCUAUUGGCGAAGGCGGCCCUUUCAAAACUGUCGAGAUAAUGGACUCUGCUGAAAAUGCAUUUGCUACGACGGAAAAGCUCACUCGCGUACAACUUUUAGCAAACACUGAAUUUCGUACGUGCGCACUCAAUGAUCUUUUAGAGAUCCAUGCAUUCCUCUGCCAGCGGCUGUCUGAAUUAUCUGGGAGUAGUUCUGUUGCUUUUGCCAAUCAGUUUCAGGGAUCCUCGACACUAUUGGAACAGCAGAGCACGGAUAAAAUUGAGGAGCUGCUAGCUGCUACAAAUCGGUCGAUAUCGUUGCUAACAAGCAAGCGCCUUCGGCAAUUGGUGCUUAUAAAGUCCUCGGAGCGAUAUUUAGACAGGCAUGUGGCCAAUAUAGAGGUUCUCACCAAGCACAUGGACAAGUGCCGCCGUGAAAUCUCUAAUUUGGAGGACAAGAAUGUUAGUCUCAUUGAUGCUAACAGAAGCACUCAGUCUCAGAUUAAUGCUCUUAUAGCCGCAACAAAGCAGCUCAAGAAAAAUCUGGAAGGUGCACUACCACCACUCUUUAAAGGACACAGAGUCAACAUUGUUGGCGAGGUGAACACCUUAUAA